AUGGACUCCUCAUCACCGAAUACCAGUGCAGGCGUCACUCAGCAACAUCACGAGGAGAGCGCACCGACCCCCGCAGUGAACGCUCCCGACCACCCUACACCAGCUCGGACAACCAGCGCAAGCUCGCCUGGCGAUGAGAAGCCCACAGCUACGGCGUCAGAGGCGCCAAAAGAAGUCCCCUCAUCAAAAGCAGCCGUAGAGCAUGCUGACGAGGACGAAGACUCGGAGUUUGACGAGUUAGAUGAUGUCCUGGAUAACUUCUCCAAACCCACUCCCCAGCCAAGCACAACCGCACCCGCACCGGCAAGCGCACCAGCCCCCGCCAAUGAAGACUUUGAUGAAGACGCAUUCAUGCGCCAGCUCGAGCAGGACAUGGCGAAGAUGAUGAACCACGCCGCGCAGGAGUCCGGCGCGCCGGAUAACAAGGAGUUCGAGAACACGAUCAACCAGGGGGCGGAUGCGUUCACGAAGCAGCUCGAGGAGAGCGGGAUCCCGCCCGGUGACUUUUUGAAGCAGCUGCUGGCGGAUGUCAUGGCGGAGGAGGGCGAGGGCGAGGGCGCUGGUUCGGGUGCGGGUGCGAGUGCAGGUGCGGGCCCGAGUACCGGUGGACCGUCGGGCUCUGCUACUGGUGCCGGGAAAGCGGCCGCGCCAGAGUCCUUCAACGAUGCCAUUCAGCGGACUAUCCAUCGGAUGAAAGAGUCUGGGGAUAAGGCUACGGCGGCGGCGACGGAGGACGGGGGGAUUUCGGAGGACAUGCUGAUGCAGUUGCUCAAGGGGUUGGAGGCGGGCGUCGGGAACGGGGGCGACGACCUCGAUCUCACUCAGAUGAUUGCCGGUGUGAUGGAGCAGUUUUCCAAUAAGGAGAUGCUGUAUGAGCCGAUGAAGGAGUUGGAUGCGAAGUGGGGCCCGUGGUUGAAGGACAAUAAGGGCAAGGUUCCUGCCGAGGAUCUGGAGCGGUACGAGAAGCAAGCUAAGCUUGUGACCGAGAUUGUGGCCAAGUUCGAGGAGGAAGGGUAUAAUGAUGAAGAUCCGAAGUAUCGGCAGGCUGUUUGGGAGAAGAUGCAAGAGAUGCAAGCGCUGGGUAGCCCCCCGGAAGAACUUGUUGCGAAUCCCUGGCCGGAGGACGUUGCAGGCGACGGGUCUGGGGCACCUUUGCCCGACUGUCCCCAGCAAUAA